AUGGCUACGCCUGCGUACGGCGCCCAAGCCGGUACCGUUGCAGAACCCAACAAUGCCGCACUCUACGACGCUCGAAGAAGGCAAACAGUCAGCGGCUCCCAGAUUCUCGACAACAUCGUCUCAUUCUCCAAUUUCGACCGAGACGAAGUGGACAGACUGCGGAAAAGAUUCAUGAAACUGGACAAGGACAACAGCGGCACCAUUGAAAGGGAAGAGUUCUUGUCAUUACCACAAGUAUCCUCCAACCCUUUAGCCACGAGAAUGAUCGCUAUCUUCGAUGAAGACGGUGGAGGCGACGUUGACUUUCAAGAAUUCGUCCUAGGCCUGUCAGCAUUCUCGUCGAAAGGCAACAAAGAGGAAAAGCUCAAGUUCGCCUUCAAAGUCUACGAUAUCGAUCGUGACAAUUACAUCUCCAACGGAGAGCUGUUCAUCGUGCUCAAGAUGAUGGUCGGGAGUAACUUGAAAGAUCAACAACUGCAGCAGAUUGUGGACAAGACUAUCAUGGAAGCCGACAAAGAUGGUGAUGGGAUGAUCAGUUUCGAAGAGUUCAAACAAAUGGUCGAGAACACGGAUGUCAGCAUGAGCAUGACUUUAGAUCAAUUCUGA